GUCGCGUACAGCAGCGCGCAGCCCUCCACUGAGUCGGCCCGCUGGGCCCCUCCUCUCCUCGAGACUGGCCAGUUCUUUCACGGGGUCUCUCACGGGUCGGCUCCACUGUGCGCUGAUUUGCACUACGACUCUGAGCCCGGCUCGGAGUUCCUGCAGGGGAGCUGCUGGAGCGCCAGAGUAGGACAGAGGCACGGCGCGACAAUGUUUCAGUUUAUUUAAGAAAGAAAAGAAGUCAACAAAAAAAUACCAGAUUUUGGUCAGUUUUAUUUUUAAGCACAUCCAAAGCUCUGGGAAGAAAGGGCUGACGAGUAGGGAAAUUAAUUUUGAACAAACUCCAAAUAAAGAAGGAAGAAAAGAGACUCUUCUAGGAUCUAGCACGGAAUCGACUGGAGACUGGAGAUGUUGGACACUGUCGUCCCAGCCCUGCAGGAUCUGGGCAGGCAGGUGCUGCCCACCCUGCCCUCACUGAGUCAGGAGGAAGUCUGUACUAUCUGGGGGAAUGUAUCAGAAUUUGUGGAACGGCAGCUCACCUUGCACAAGGGGGUUCAGAUUCCAGGGCUUGGAACUUUCACAUUCAUGAGGCAAAAGCUUGAGGUAGGAAACAACAAGUUUAUUCUAAUCCAGAGGCCUAUGUUUAUUGUGGCGGAGAAGUUAGUGCAGACCCACGGACUCAAACAAAACAAAGUCUAUACUCCUGGUGAUAUCCCAAUUGUACCACUUAAUUUUGUCAUGAUUUCCCUGGAGGGUCCAUUUAACAGGGAUAUAGUGGAAGGAUGUGUGAAAGAGACCUUGCUUUUUUUAUCACGAUCCAUUUCCAUCAAACAAAAUGUGGAGUUUACAUUCAAAGGAAUUGGGGUCCUCGUGAUCAGAGACAGCAAAGUGAAGAUGAGAUUUUAUAAAGAUUUCCUUUGUACCAUGGAUGGAAGUGGGACUUUGGUGAAAGCCCUAGCAAAUAGACCUGGCACUGUGGACUCAGUAUUGUCUAGCAGAGAGGCCUUUGGGAAGCAGCCCAGCAGCACGCUUGCAUUUCCAAGGAUUGAGCUUAAGGAAACAGAAAACAAACCUCCCAUGGAGACCAUUGCAGAAGAAGGUGGAAAGAAUACACAAAGGAAGUUACAAGACCAGGUAGACAAAGAAGGCAUCAGAGAAAUCUCAUCACCCAAGAGACUUAGAGAUAAACAAACUGUCUUCCCUACUAAAGUGACAAGUGUCAGCUUGCUGGACAAGUUUGAGCAAAGGGGGAAUGGUGAGAAGAAUAUGAGUCCUGAAAGAUUCUCAUCUCCAGGUUGUCAGAAAAAUGACAAUGAAAUGAAGCCCAGAACUUCUCCAGCCCCUCCUUGCCAGGAUCAUAAUAAAGCAGGACAGGAAAUGUGUUAUUUAUGUUUGCAACGAGCACAGCGAAAUUCCCCGCUGUACUAUGGUGAAGAGAGGAGGAAGAGAGAGAUCGAUGAUGAGCGGCUCAUACAGCAGUACCAAAUACUGAAGGACCAAGAGGCUCUCCUCAAACACCAGAUGAAACGUCUGGCUGCUAGAGAACAGAAUCAGAAAAAUGCUGCCUAUAAUCUUGGAGUUGCUGAAGCUAUAAGAAUUCAUAAGAGUGAGAAACCGGAAUUUUAUAAAUCCUUCCUAUUUGAUAAAAGGCCACUCAGUCCUGAGCUUAAUGCUUUUAAGCAAGAAGAAUAUUCCCAGAGUCUGCUGAAACAAAUGGAUAACAGACGGGAAAAAGAAAUAAAGCAAAGACAAAACAGAGAAUUGAUGGAUCGCCUAGAGCAAGUGCAACUCACAGAAGAACUCGCUGCACAAAGAGCCAAAUAUUUAAAAGACAGGAUGGAAGAAACACAGUGUUAUAAGAGAGCACUGGAUGCACAGGUAAAGAACAAACCCUCCCAGCUGCCCGUGUUUGAGCCUGACUCCUCUGAGCCCAUUUUUGGUAAGAAUGAGAGUGAACUGAUGGCAGACAAGCGAAAGAGAGACCAGAGUUAUAUGAAGCAUCAGUUAGAGACUGCUGCUAGCCACAGGAGAAAAGCCAUUCUGCAUCAACUCAUGGACCAGAGGCGGGAUUUGCAGAUGCUUCAGCGGACACAAAGAGAGUACUUGGCUGACAAAACUGCUGAGCUGGAGCGAGUAAACAAAAUUAACCAGUGUUUACAGGAGGAUUGGGAGAGGAGUGCUGUGAUGAAGAAGCAGCGGGACCUGGAGGAGAAAGCUUUUGAGCGGGCCUCAGACAAGCUGUUCCUUCUGGACCAGUGCGAGAAGUACCGGCGCUGCAAGCAGUGCCAGAGGCGCACCUCCAACCUGGGCGAGAGCAACCUGUGGCCUCUGAACAAGUUCCUGCAUGGCUCCCGGUUGCUCGUCUAAAACCCAAAGUCUGGAUCUGAAUUUUCUGGGGGAAGUUUUUAUUUUUUAUGUUUGGGGUGAUUGUGAAACUGCAUAUUUAUACCUCAGAGGAAAAAAAAGUUACUGUUUGGGUUGGGUGCUUUUAGUAGAUUGCUUUUUAACUGCUUAUUGAAUUCUCCCUGGCAGCUUCUCCUCACCUGCCUCUCUCCCACCCUCCGACUUAUCCUCAAGCUUGUCCCUGAUGGCAGAGAAGGUGCCUGAAUGUCCUGAGGCUAGAACCCGCUGCUGCUGGGGCUGGGGAUAGGACUCAACUUUAUUCUGGCUGUUGGACUGCUUUGGAUCCAGCCCUGCCAUUCCUCUGUAACUCUGUGAAAGAAACUUCAUCUGUUUUCAUCCAUAGCAAAUAAUGUCAUAAUAAAUAUUUUCUACAUAUCUAUGCAUGACAACUUAUAAUGGAGAAUUUAUUGCCACCCCAACCCUACACUUUCCAAUGGGUUGUAUGUGUGGAUAUCAGAGAAGUAGAUUAGGCUAUUUAUAAACUUCAGGUUAGAGCAAUGUUUCUUGAG